AUGAAUUCACUGCUGUCACUCGCGUCCUCUGCACUCUUCUUGCAGGGCGCUUCUGCCCUGGGCUACGGGUUCAAUGGAUCGGAUUCGCAGUUUUACGGCCAGAGCCCGCCUGUGUACCCAUCGUCAAUUGGCCAUGGUACCAGUAAUGCACGAUGGGUGUCUGCAUACCAGCGUGCUACGGCCCUGGCUGACCAGAUGACGAUAGAGCAGAAAGUCAACAUGACCAGAGGCUACACGGGAACCUGCACCGGCAACAGCGGUGCCGUGCCCCGAUUCGGCGUACCACCUCUAUGCCUUUCCGACGCCCCAGACGGCAUCCGGGGGCAGGAAUUCGUGUCCGCCUUCCCAGCCGGCAUCCACGUAGCCGCGACCUGGGACCGGACCCUCAUGUACCAGUACGGCAAGGCCCUGGGGUCCGAAUACCGCGGAAAGGGCAUCAACGUCGCCCUAGGACCCGUGGCAGGCCCUCUCGGACGCGUAGUCCGCGGGGGCCGCAACUGGGAAGGCCUCAGCAACGAUCCCUAUCUGGCGGGCGCCGGCAUGGGCGAGAUCACGCGCGGCAUUCAAGAUGCGGGUGUCAUGGCCACGUCCAAGCACUUCCUCCUCAACGAGCAGGAGUACCGACGGCGGCCGUCUAGUAUUGGCGAGGCGUUCAGCUCCAACGUCGGCGACCGCGCCCUGCACGAGUUGUACGUGUUCCCGUUCAUGGACGCGUUGCGCGCUGAUGCGGCCGCGGUCAUGUGCUCGUACCAGCGCGCCAACAACUCGUACAGCUGCCAGAACUCCAAGCUGCUGAACGGGCUGCUGAAGACCGAGCUGGGCUUCGAGGGCUUCGUCCGAAUGCUGGAUUGGACCCUCGUCAUGCCCGACGGGGGGUACUGGGGCCAAAACCUGACGGACGCCGUGAAGAACGGCUCCGUGAGCGCUGAGCGCGUCACGGACAUGGCGACGCGCAUCUUGGCCAGUUGGUAUUACAUGGGCCACGACAACGGCUUCCCGGCGCCGAGCAUCUACCCCGGGACGACCAAGCACGAGCCCGUCGACGUGCAAGCCGACCACGCGGCCCUCAUCCGCGAGAUCGGCGCCGCCAGCACCGUCCUAGUCAAGAACGUGAACAACACGCUCCCGCUGCAGCGCCCGACCUUCCUGUGCGUUUACGGGUACGACGCCACGGUCCCGUCGAUGCCGUGGCAGGACGCAUCGCGGUACGGCGGCGGGUACGCCGUCAACUUCGGCUGGCAGACCUUCGCGGGCACGCUGAUCACGGGCGGCGGCUCGGGCAGCAACGCGCCGCCCUACGUCGUCAGCCCCUUCCAGGCGAUUCAGGAGCGGCUGCGCCAGGAUCGCGGGAUCAACCCGACGUAUACGCCCUAUGUGAACGCGGAUGCUUGUCUUGUGUUCAUCAAUGCGUAUGCGUCGGAGAGCUUUGAUCGGCUGAGCUUGACGGACGAGUCGAGUGAUCGGCUGGUUGGUAAUGUGGCGGCGAAUUGCUCGAAUACUGUUGUUGUUAUUCAUUCGACUGGUAUCCGCAACGUCGACGCCUGGAUCGACAACCCCAACAUCACAGCCGUCCUCUACGCCGGCCUACCCGGCCAAGAGAGCGGCAACAGCCUAGCCGACGUGCUCUGGGGCGACGUGAGCCCCAGCGGCAAACUGCCCUACACAGUCGCGAAGGAAGAGGCAGACUACGGCGCCGUGCUGAGCUCCAGCUUGUCCUUCGACCAGUUUCCCCAGGACGACUUCACCGAGGGUCUAUUCAUCGACUGCCGGGCCUUCGACCGAGACGAGAUCGAGCCGCGCUUCGAGUUCGGGUUCGGACUGACCUACACGACAUUCGAGUAUGCCAAGUUGAACGUCCAGAUGGACAUGGGAGCCAACACGGAUCCCCUUCCCGACCCGGAGGUGGCAGUGAUCUCCGGCGGACACCCGGCGCUCUGGGAGACCGUGGCAACGGUCACAUGCGCGCUGUCCAACACCGGCCGCGUGACCGCCUCGGAGGUGGCCCAGCUGUACCUCGGGAUCCCGAGCAGCGCCGAGUUCGACACGCCGGCCCGCCAACUGCGAGGCUUCCAGCGCACGCCCGUUCGGCCGGGCGAGACGCGGACGGUGUCGUUCGCGCUGACGAGGCGGGAUCUGAGUGUGUGGGAUACGACAGUGGCGCAGUGGAGGCUGCAGGCGGGCACGUACAAGAUCCAUGUCGGGGCCAGCAGUCAGGAUCUGCGGCUCGAGGGGAAUCUGGAGAUUUCUUCUUCAUGA